ACCCGCCAGCCAACCGAAGGAGAUGAAUCGAACGGCGCUGUCCACUGGCAGCACCAGCAGCCGCAGACUUCCGGCUCUUUUGUUAGUCCUGCUGCUCUGCCUGGUGGCCCAGACCACCGCUCGUCCUUCGUCGGAGGACGAGGGCGACUUGGCCAUCAUUCCGCCGGAUACUGACAAUGUGGAGAUCCACACAGUAAAGUUCGUGAAUGGCGUUAUGCAGAAGGAUCAUCCAGUGAUCAUGUACAAGGAGGAUUUUGUCAGCGAGGAUUAUGAUCCCACCAAGAACGGGACAAGUCCUGGUCAGCACAAGAAGCACAAGCGAAGGCACAACCAUCGUGUGGAGCCGCAGCAGGAGAACGAUGGCGAGCAGAUCCUUUUCGAUAUCCUGCCCGACAAGCCGAUCGUGCUGGAGGAAGACCUCAAAGCUCCCCCGGUCAGCACCGUCGAAGUCACCGAACUGGCGGAACCCACCAAGAAGGAGUGGCUGGGGAAGCAUCCCAAGAAGUACCACAGUCGCCAGCGACGACAGACCUACUUAAAUCCUUAUAAUAUUAGAUAUGAAAGCGUCUACCAAUAUUACCUACCCAUACCUAAAACACAAGAAGUCAAACCGCUAAUCUAUAUUCAACGUACACAAGUAGGGGGGAAGAAAGCCACUCUGAAGGGACCACCUAAUCGUAAGGAUCAGCAACCAACCAGCAUUGACGGUAGAGGUGAAUUCGACUUGGAGCACAACUCAAAUCCAGAAGAUGCCGACUACUCUAUAUAUAGCAGUACCACUACUACGACCACUAGGAGGCCUCCUCCAGUGAACACUCGGCCGCCGGCUCCCACUCGAAGGCCGCCCACCCAGUCCUCUUCAGCCGGUGAGGGCAAGGUCACCAAGUGUGUGUGGGCGAUCGUGAACUGCUGCAGCAGCGAGAGCAAGAAGGUGCGGUACAACUGCUUCGAGGAGUUCGGCUGCCACGGAGCCUUUUGGGACAUCAAUCCGUGUGCCGAUGAAGGCGUGAAGCAAGGUGCGCUCACCAAGGUCCUGAAUGCCUACCAAUAGGCGGUGCUUCCCGGUCCUGCUUCCCAUUCAAUUGCUCAAAAUAUCUUAAAGGCAAUCUUAACUUAUUUAAUGCGUAUAUUAAGUUUCAACUUUUGUAAAUAUACAGAUAUAUGUCUACAUAUAUAUCUAUAGUUUCCGCUUAGCGAAGAAAAGCCAAACAACCAUUAACAAUUCUUUCAUAACAAUAUUUCCAAAUCAUAACUGUAUCAUUAAUAAAUCUCCCAUGAAAAAAUGUA